AUGAAGAUAUUCACAGCCGAGGAGUUGGAGUUGGUAACUAAAAAUUAUGGUGAGAAGAAAAUACUUGAAACAGGAGAAUAUGGUACUGUCUACAAGGGAACUUUACGAGAUAAACGAGUACUUGUAGCAAUUAAGAAGUUGAAAAAGGUUGAUGAAAGUCAGACCAAACAAUUCAUAAAUGAGCUCAUUAUCUUAACUCAGAUUAAGCAUCAAAACAUGGUGAAGUUCUUGGGAUGUUGUUUAGAGAUUGAAGUUCCAUUGCUGGUUUAUGAACGUGUAUCUGAUAUUGGCACACUAUUUCUAUAUAUGCAUAAAAGGGGGUGUGAGAAGUUAUUAAGACUCUGGGAAAGUCGUUUGAGGAUUGCAGCUGAAAUUUCAAGAGCCCUAGCAUAUUUACACUCUGGAGCUUCAAUACCGAUCAUUCAUGGAGAUAUCAAAUCUGCCAAUAUCCUACUAGAUAGAAUGUACACACCAAUAAUAUCGGAUUUUGGUGUAUUGCGGCUGAAUCCUUUGGAUCAAACUCAAAUAGAUACACUAGGAUAUUUGGAUCCUGAGUUCUUUCUUUCUGGCCAACUUACGGAUAAAAGUGAUGUUUAUAGUUUUGGUGUAGUUCUUGCCGAACUCUUGACAGGAGAGAAACCCGUUUCUUAUGAGAGACCCCGAGAACAACAAAAACUUGCUUCGUAUUUUGUUUGCAUGUUGGAAAAACAUAGUAUUUUCAAAAUUAUUCAACCAAGUAGCUAUGAUGGUGGAGAGCUGUGGCAAGUCGUCAAAGUUGCUGAGAUUGCAAGAAAUUGCCUUUGCAUGAAGGGUGAAGAAAGACCUACAAUGAAACAAGUAGCUAUGGAUCUUGAAAGCACGAGUAAACCAAAGAGACGUGAUAAAAAGUUCAUAGUCCUCAGAAACAGAGACCUGAUGAAGAGUUCAAAUACAUGA